AUGGAUCCAGUCUCAGCGUCACCCCAGGAUCCAGUCUCAGCGCCACCCUUAUGGACCAGUCUCAGCCCCACCCUGGACCAGUCUCACGCCACCUCUAUGGACCAGUCUCACGUCACCCUACGUCUCAGCGCCACCUUAUGGACCAGUCUCAGCGCCACCCUAUGGACCAGUCUCAGCGCCACCCUUAUGACCAGUCUCAGCCCCACCCUUAUGGACCAGUCUCAGCGUCACCCUUAUGGACCAGUCUCAGCACCACCCUUAUGGACCAGUCUCAGCGCCACCCUAUGGACAGUCUCAGCGCCACCCUUAUGGACCAGUCUCAGCGCACCCUUAUGGACCAGUCUCAGCCCCCCCCUCAUGAACCAGUCUCAGCGCCACCGUCAUGAACCAGUCUCAGCGCCACCCUUAUGGACCAGUCUCAGCGCUAACCCUUAUGGACCAGUCUCAGCGCCACCCCUAUGGACCAGUCUCAGCGUCACCCUUAUGGACCAGUCUCAGCGCCACCUUAUGGACCAGUCUCAGCGCCACCCUUAUGGACCAGUCUCAGCCCCACCCCUAUGGACCAGUCUCAGCGCCACCCUUAUGGACCAGUCUCAGCCACCCUUAUGGACAGUCUGCCACCUUAUGGACCAGUCUCAGCCCCACCCUUAUGGACCAGUCUCAGCCCCAACCUUAUGGACCAGUCUCAGCCCCACCCCUUAUGGACCAGUCUCAGCGCCACCCUAUGGACCAGUCUCAGCGCCACCCUUAUGGACCAGUCUCAGCGCCACCCUUAUGAACCAGUCUCAGCGCCACCCUUAUGGACCAGUCUCAGCGCCACCCUUAUGGACCAGUCUCAGCGCCACCCUUAUGGACCAGUCUCAGCCCCACCCUUAUGGACCUGCCUCAGCGCCUCCUUCAGGUUAUGGGGUGUGA